UUGAGGAUAGUUGAUAGCGAGGCAAGUGCGUCCGAAUGGCGAGAUGGCGACCCGAGCGGUCAUACGACGCGACGCCACUUCUCUAUCAGCGCCCUCCCCCGUCCCCUGCCCCCUGCGGCCAGCGAGGCGCCCGCGAACGGAAUUCGCACGGCCGCCGCGCCUCGCGACGCCGUCAUUCAGUGUACUAGCGACCGUUCCCGCUCGAGGACGAAUUGUUACACGCGUAACGCACUUAAUACGCAGUUACGAGAUACGCCGACCGCGUGCGCUUUUAAUAACGGACAAGAAAAAUAG